AUGGUGGUAGAAGAAAGAAGAUUGUUGGAAGAGAGCAAGAGAGGCAACAGGCCUCACAUCAGCACACCUGAGGCGUUGUCGAUGUCAGGAGCGAACAGCCCGGUAGCACUCCCAUCGUCAGUCGCUGUGAUGAACACCGAGAGCAACCCCAACGGUGUGUUUGUGACUCCAGGGAAGUCAGGACGACGACCCGACACAGACAUUCGAGCCCACGUCAUUCCGAUCUCCAAGAUGGUGCGAGCCUCGGACGGGAGUGAGAUCGUGAAGCAGGGGCACAAGUGUGUCUUCUGCCAGGGGAACAGCCCUGGCGGGGAGCGAUGGGCCUCUAUCUUUCCUGCCUCGCGAUGGAUCGAACAUUUCGCGAAGCAGUGCACGGAGAUCCCGUCGGAGGUGAAGGACUCAGUCAUCAUGAAGCACCCCAACGUCCUCCUGCCGAAGCCAGCUGCGAAGCGAUGCUCCUCCGACAUGCAUCCGGGAUCGCCCAAGAAAGGAAAGGGCGGAAGGUCCUCGAUACUCGACAUGAAGUCUCAUGUGGUGGAGAUCAGCACCAAAGUGCAGAAGCCUGACGGCUCGUUCGAAGUCAAGGCCGGCCACAAAUGUGCUUUCUGUGAAGGAAACAGUGAAGGAGGCGUGCGGUGGGCGGCAGUCUUUCCGACGACUCGUUGGGUCGAGCAUUUCUGUCGGCAAUGCACGCAGAUACCAGCGGACAUCAAGGAGGCGAUCAUCCAGGGGUUUCCGAGGCGGACCAAAGGGAUGCCCAUGGACAACCUCAACGACAUGUCGCAGGAGGCGCUGGAUGGCAAUCAGAAUGGAAGCUCGAAGAAGCCCAAGAAGUUCCUCUGCUCCGAGUGUGCCAACAUCAGGGAGCUGACAUCGCGAUCAUUCAAGAAGCGAUCCAAGACGCAGAAAGCCGGGUAUCAUCUGCUACGGAUGCAAGUGAGAGAGACUACUGGAGGGAAAAGGAGAUUCUACUUCGACGAGAGAAAGUACAGCUGA